AUGGUUCCCUACGGCUUCUUCACUGCUUCAGGUGGUGGGUUAGAACGCAGAACCGCACUUGCUCCGUACUUGGAGAUUUCUCUAGGAAAAAAGGAGUCUCGUCUCAUCGUGUCUCGUCGAGAUUCAGCGAACAACAUGCACUCCAGGAGCCCCAGCAAGUCCAAAGAAGCAACCAGUGGUGCUGUGAUGUGCCGUGUUUUCGGUUGCUCCGGGAAGACCCCGAAGACCCCUGUGAAGGACACGGGGUCCCGUCUUCCAGAAGACCUUCUGAUUCGCCAACGACGACGGCUGAAGGACACGGCGUCGUGCACUGAAAAUCCAGAUGACACGCAACACGAUACCUUGCCCGACAUCAGUUCUUCUCAAAGAACAGGCCGCCAAGCCGAGCAACACAUGAGCCCAACACGUUGA